AUGGAUUCCGCCAAUUAUCAUAGUGGGUCAUCAAGGUAUAAUCACGAGUCGAAGCUUUCGAGUCGAUCAGGUUACCGAGAACCCAUAGAGAAAGAUGAUGUCGAAGAGCUCACCGCUAGGACCUUGAACUUAAACUUGAAGCCAUCGAGCAGCAUUUCACAUUAUAAAAGGUUGUUCAUUGAAAUUAUCAAUCCAUUGCUAUUGACUGCACUUUCGGCGUUUGUUAGGCUAUACAUGAUAGAUGCCUCGAAGUAUGUGGUAUGGGAUGAAGCGCAUUUCGGUAAGUUUGGAUCAUACUAUUUGAAACGCGAGUUCUACUUUGAUGUCCAUCCCCCAUUGGGAAAAUUAUUGGUUGCAUUAUCUGGCUACAUUGCGGGAUAUGAUGGAAGCUUUGCUUUUGAUAGUGGUCUAGAGUACCCGGAUAACUGCAAUUAUGUUUUAAUGAGAGCAUUUAAUUGUCUCUUUGGAAUUUUAUGUACACCUGUGGUUUACAAAACUGCUAUUGCUUUAGGUUUUAGCCAGUUUACCGUAUGGUUUAUAUCUCUUAUGACCAUAUUCGAAAUGAUAUCGCUAACUUUAUCGAAAUUUAUACUUUUAGAUUCUAUGUUGCUAUUUUUCACGGUGCUAAGUUACUAUUUCCUAGUGAAAUUGCAUAAUUUGAGAACACAGAAUACGCUAUUGACUACUCGUGGAAUAACUACCAUGGUCAUGACUGGUGUAUCUAUCGGCUGUGUAUGCUCUGUCAAAUGGGUUGGCUUAUUUGUGACUAUUUUAAUUGGAUUUUACGUCAUUUACGAUUUAUUAAUCAAAUUCUAUCAGCUUACCUCCACUAAUUCGAUUUCCUUUAUGAAAUACAUAUGUCACUGGCUAUCAAGGAUUAUUUGCUUAAUAAUUGUGCCAUUCUUCAUCUAUUUAGCUUGUUUUAAAGUGCACUUCACCGUCUUGAAUCAUUCUGGAAGUGGGGAUGGCUCUAUUUCGACCUUGCUUCAAGCUUCGUUGGAGGGCAAUCUGGUUUUGGGAGGACCGAGAUCUGUUGGAUUCGGUUCCAUGGUUACACUCAGGUCACAAGGUUUAUCUCCGAAUUUACUCCAUUCUCAUCCACAUCUCUAUCCCGAAGGAUCACGACAGCAACAAAUCACAACAUAUGGGUUUAAGGAUGAGAAUAACAACUUUUUGAUAGAAUUUGAUCUUGAAUCUGGGUUGAGAGGUGAGUUUGCAACCCAAGAGCCCCUCGAGAAUGAUACUUAUAGUUUAACGCGGUUAGUUAAGAACGGUGAUACGGUGAGAUUAGUGCAUGAUAAAUCAGAUUGUUUACUACAUUCUCAUCCUAUCCCUGCUUUUGUGCUGAAAAGUCAAUAUGAGGUAUCGUGUUAUGCAGACCUCGAACAAAGUGAUUCAAAAGACGAAUGGAUAAUUGAAGUUCAACUGCAGGAGAUAUCACCUUCUCCAGCUUUCAAAGACGAAGAUCCAAAUCUUAUUCAUCCUAUAUCAACGAAUUUUAGACUUAGACACAAAGUACUAGGUUGCUAUUUGGCAACUACGGGGUAUUCAUUGCCCUCAUGGGGUUAUCAACAAGGAGAAGUCAUUUGUAAAAGAUCGUUUAUGCUGAAAGAUAAGAGCACAUGGUGGAACAUAGAGGACCAUGUCAAUGACAAACUCCCAGAACCUGAGGUGAAAUACGUUCCUCCAAAACCAAAAUUCUGGAAAGAAUUCGUUCUAUUGAAUUAUGGAAUGAUGGCCUCUAACAAUGCUUUGGUUCCAGAUCCAGAUAAAUUUGACAGAUUGAGCUCUGAAUGGUGGGAGUGGCCGAUAGAUCAUAGUGGGCUACGUAUGUGUUCCUGGGGUUCUGACGAUGUUAAAUAUUUCUUAAUCGGCCAUCCAUUUAUCAAUUGGUUCUCGACUGCUGCACUAGGGUUGUUCUUAAUCU